ACACAUAAAAAUGCAGUAUUGUGUUCUUUUUAAUCUUAACUAAAAAAGUGAAAAGUUACUGAAUUCCGAAGUUCGCUAGCGAAUCUUAACCACCACGGACCCUUCAGAAAGCUUCCCGUUGAACCCUCCUCACAAGUACCUAAUCCAACGAUAAUAAGUAGGGAAAGGGAUUGAAUCGGAGAGGCUUUCUCAGAAGUGUGUAAAAACAAGCAAACCCAAAUUUUUACCUAUGUUUCGAAUUAACAAAAAAUCACAUCGUUAAUAAAAAACGUACAAGGAAACAUUCAUCGACUCGAACGAAAAGAAGCCCCACUUCUAAAACGAUUUGAAUCAAAACAAGUACAGUUUUUGCAGUACCCUCGUUAGUGUUUGGUUUGACAAGGUCAUGAACAACCAUAUCCACCUAGGACACGUAUAUGCAUACACAAACUAACCACUAUCGAAUAUACCUCGUGGGCACAAGUCUACCUGGUUAUUUUAAUCUAAUCUGUCUCCCGAUAUUUUAUAUCGAUAAAAAAUUCACCGCUAAAUUUUAUUUCGCAUCCGUUGGUGGUAUAUUAGAACGAUUGUUAAAUUGUUUACAUUUAAGUGCGGUGUGUGAAAAUUUCCAUACGAAACAGCCGAAUCGCGAUAAGGAAACGUGUGCGAGUUUUCCGGCUAACCCAGCGCAUGGCAGGGGUGGCCACGGAGGAAAUAUACAACCCCUAGUUCAGUUGAUAUGGAACCGGAGAUCUGUGCAGGCUGCAGUGAGGGGAUCGAUACACCUACUACGAGCCGCUGAAAGGACGGGAAACUGAAAGGAUGUCUGCUGCAAGCACGCCAAGGAGGAGACCGGCUUUCCCCGGAUCCCUCACAGAUUUACAUCGCUUCAGGAAGACUGCUCAUGGACAUGACGGAUCCAGCAGGAUUGUGAUGGUGCGAAAGACUGAUCAAAGGACAUUCGCUUCUGUUAAGAACGGAGAGGAACCAAAAUUGGAGACAAUCACACGCGAAACCAUCGAAACGUUUCGAGGACAAAGGACUGAAUGUAAAAUUACGACUGAGAAAAAGGACUACGAGGAAACCUGUCCGCCCGAUCUGAUUGAGGCCUUGACUGAUAGAGUAACAAAAACUAGCAAGCGACCUAGUUUAAAGAAGAGAAAUAUAAAAAUGGAAUUUCAAAUUGAGUGCCUUCAAGCUCACAAUGAGUACCGCAGGAAACACGGAGUCCCUCCACUAAGGUUAAACAAAGAGAUGUGUAGGCUUAGCCAGGACUGGGCCAAUCAUUUGAUCAAGAAAAACGUUCUUCAACACAGCAAUAAUAGAGAAUACGGCGAGAAUCUGUUCUGUAUCCAAUCCACAAACCCCAAUUUUUCGAUAUCUGGCAAAGAGGUCGUGGAUAACUGGUACGAGGAAAUCAAGUGCCACAAGUUUGGAGUAGAACCGAGUAGUUUGUCGUCGGGACAUUUCACUCAGGUGGUAUGGAAGGAUUCGAAGGAACUGGGCGUAGCCUUCGCCAAAACCGGUGGCAAAAUCGUAGUCGUCGCCAACUACUCCCCGGCAGGCAACAUCAUCGGCCACUUCGCCGAUAACGUUCCACCACCAGGAGGACCGCACACCAACAACAACCACAUCGAACUGACAAACGGCAUAUCAAAGUUAUCAUUUAAUUCCAUAAAGGUAACCCACAGACUGGAACAGAACGUCACCGAGGGCAACUUCGAGGAAGAUUUCCUCGACGCCCACAACACUUACAGGCGGAGACACGGCGUGCCACCCUUGAAACUGGAAAGAAAACUGUGCAAGUACAGCGAGGAGUGGGCCAAACACCUGGCUGCUAAGAACAUCCUCGAGCAUCGUCCUGGGAGUAACUACGGGGAGAACAUAUACUGUCUCUACUCCUCAGAUCCAAACUUCACUGUGAACGGUCACACGCCGGUGGACACCUGGUAUGAGGAAGUUAAACUGCAUCCUUUUGGAAGAGAGCCCAGCAAUCUCAAGUCUGGUCACUUCUCGCAGGUUAUAUGGAGGUCUAGCGAGGCCCUAGGUGUAGGCGUGGCUAAGAAUUCGCAGGGCAGUAUAUACGUUGUCGCGAAUUACUCACCUGCCGGUAAUUUCGUGGGUCACUAUAUCGAGAAUGUGCCUCCGGUAAAACCCGCUUUCUACGGGGAAGUUACUCGGGGAAGCAAAACUCGACGAGAGGAGGAGGAAGAAUGCACAGAGGAAGAUGUUCCGGACUAUCAAGGGGAAUUCAAUCAGUUUGCUCUCGAUGCCGUAAGGGUGCAUAACGAAUAUAGGAGGAAACAUGGAGUACCGGAACUAACGUUAAGUCUAAGGCUCUGCCAAUUCGCCCAAGAAUGGGCAGACACCUGCGCCAGGACGGCGAGCUUGCAGCACCGGGCCAACUGCCCCUACGGUGAGAAUAUCUUCUCGGUUUACUCUUCCGAUUUCAGCCACAUGCCGACUGCCCGAGACGCCGUUAAAGAGUGGUACGACGAGGCGAAGCAGCACAAUUUCGGCGUGGAAAGAGUCAACCAAGGUACUCUCCACUUCACCCAGGUGGUGUGGAAGGCCAGCAGGGAACUGGGCAUAGGCAUAGCGAAAAACAAACGGGGUCAAACCUACGUGGUGGCCAAUUACGAUCCCAGGGGUAAUUACAUCGGGCAGUUCGUAGAGAACGUGCCGAGACCGAAGCCCUGAUGGUUGAGGAAACCCAAGAAUGUACCUAAUUUUACCUUAUAGUACACCAAAUAUUCUAACAUUCCAUUUUUCAUGCCAAAGACGUGGUGCUGUUAAUACGUACAUUCCCAUAGUCGAUAUCCCCAUGUGUAGCAUAUCAUGAUAGUCCAGAAUCCAAAGCAUAUCCUUCUAAUAAGCCGAUGGAAAUAUUUUUCAUUUUUUUUAUCGAAACGUCAAUUUAAAAAAUGUUGGCGCGUACAAAUUGAUGAUACUGAUACUUUAAAAUAGCAUGUAAGUAUUUAAGAAUUAGAAAAAAGUGAAAAAACAAAAUCACAGUUUAUUAGUAAGCAUUUUUUGAACGUAAUACUCUAACAGGUAAUCUAAUACAGGUAUAAGUCGAAUAAACACAGAGAUAAAUACUGCGGAUUCAGGACUAUACAUUCAUGGAACCAUUUAUUCUUUCAGAGACGAUACAACACUGCAUUUUAAAUGAACACGACAAUUGCGAGAUUAGGGUACAACGAAGAUACAAAUCCUUAAAUGCUUUAUAGGGAUCAUUACAAGCAUAUAGUCGAACACAAAGUUGCUAGUACCUACUAUUUGAAGUAAAAUUAACUACUUAUGUGUUCAGUUGUUGAGGUUGUCUCAUCUUAGAAAUUAUGAUUUGGAUUUGUUUGAACAAUUUUAAACGGGCGUAAGUGAUUCCAAUUCGUCUAGUUCCACAAAUUUAACAAUAUAUACUUAAGACUUACUUCAUGCGAUGAUAUUCAACAUAGAUAUGUAUCUCUUUAAAUUAGCAUUAAAUAUCUACUUAUUAAGUACCUACCAAAGGACUUGGUAGUCUCAUAAUCCUUGCAAUUAUGCAGUAUUACGAAUUAAUGACACAUUUCUAUUUUGUGGAUAUUUUUUAUGAUGUUAUGGAUGUUAUCAAUAAAGUUAUUAUUUGUAAAA